AUGAAUUUACCAAUACUUUUUCUUUUCCUCUCUUAAUUAAUUGAAAGUAUGACCUUUGAGAUUAUUGAUUUAAAACAAUAAUACUAAAUUUAUAAGGAAGAGAUUGAUUUUAGUAACAGCUAAUUUGAAAUUGACACACUUUUAAUGUAUGGUAUAUGGUCAAAGUAUAACCCAUUAAGUCCAAUAGCAAAGGUUGGACCUGUUGGAUAAUUGGAUAGUAAUUGUUAUUUAAUUCAUUAUGCUAUAUCUAUAUAGAAUGAAAAACUUAAUCUAAUUUACUAUGAUUGCUUAUAUUAUAUAAAUAGAACAAUAUUAAAGUCUGUUGAAUUUGUUGAUGAAGAUAACAACUAAAAAAAGUUUGAAAUUCCAAUUAACAGUAAGGAAUAUGAAAAUUUCUGGCAUUUAUGUCAAAUAAUUAUAAUGCCACAUAAAAAGAAAUUUGAAUUGAUAAUAAUUAAUUAAGAAAAAACUUUACUUCAUUAAAUUUUGGAUAUGAAAUUACCUUUUAAAGACUAAAAUAUAUAGUUAAUAUUUGGGAGCAGCUUGAUUGUUAAUAACACAAAUAUAAACUCAAAAAAGACAGGUUAAAAAUUUGCCAUGUUUCCAGGUUUUUUAAAAGUUAACAGAAUUUAAAUUUUACAAAGUUUUGAUGAAUUAAAUUUAGAAACCAGGAUGCAAGAAAUUUUACAAAGUAUUAUAGAAUGCUGGUGUAUUUAAGACAAUACUUAUUAAUUAAAGGAUUGGGAUUUAUAGUUUUUUAGUUAAUAGACUCAUAUAUCUGAGUAUACAAACUGUGAUUCAUUUUAAUUUCAUGGUUGGUUAAGGAUUAAUAAUAUCGGGUAUAUAGCUUAAGAGACAAUUUAUCAAGUAAUUAAAAUUUCAUCAAAUUAUAAUAGCAUAAUUUUAGCAAAUGAAAACUUAUCUCCUUUUUAAUUUAUUUAUAAACUGUCUUCUUCAAUGCAUAGUAUCAUUAUAACAACUUAUAGUUAUACUUUUCCAAUUGUAAAUAUUGAUUUUUCUGAAAAUCCAUUUUUAUUAAUUGAUGAGUUUGAUGUUUUUAAUAAAGUUUAAUUAUGGCAUAAAUUAAAUGUUAAUCUUUUAAAAAAUUAAUUUUAAAUAAGUAUUACUUUUUAUGAUGGAAGUGAUAUCUUUGUGAAAAAUAUUGAAAGAGAUGUUUAAUAAUUUAAUUAGAACAAAUUUAAAGUAAGUUAUGGGAAUUUAUUAAAUUAAAAUAAUAACAUAGUUAAUAUUUAAGCUAGAAAUUUUAUAUUUUCUAACUGUUAAUAUCCAAUUGAUAAAUUAAAUUGUCAUUAAAGUUGUUAGGAAUGUGAUGGUCCAACUUAAUUCAAUUGUCUUUCAUGUUCCAAAAAUUCAAAAAGAAUAUAUUAAAUAGAUUAAAAGAUAUGUAUUUGUCCAUCUGAAUUAGUUGAUACAGGUGAAGAAUGCAAAUCUUAUUCAGAUUUAGGGUUAUAAUUAAUUCAUGAUGAAACAAUAAACAAUUAAAAUAUUUGUCCUUUUGGAUAUUUCGUUAUAGAUUAAGAAUGCUAUUAAUGGUAAUAAUCAUUAUUUAAUUUAGUCCUUCUAUUAUUAAUUCUCAAAGAAUUACAUGUUUAAAUUGUAUUCUGAACCCAAAAACCUGGUUUUAAAAAUUAUUUUGUAAUUAAGAUUUAUCAAUUAAUAAAAUCGGGGAAACAGCUUCUUAUUAUGAUUAUGGUGAGAUUUUCUAUUUUUUUGAUGGAUCCAAGAUAAACAUUUGCCCCUUGGGUAGUUGUGAAAUCAAAAGCGUAAAUGAUUUAAUAUUAGAAACAUCAAAUAAGGUUUCUUUUAAACUUAUUUAGAAUGAAAAUUAAAAUUUUAUUUCUUCUUAUUAAUAUACAGAAAAAUGCUAUAAUAGUAUAUUUGAAGUAUUUGGUUUAAGUUGUAAAGAAUGUCCUGUUGAAUUUAUAUUGAGUGAUGGAAAAUGUUAAGAUGUAUCUUGCGAUCUUCCUUAUUAUAUGUCCAUAAAUGGAAGAUGUAAAAAAUGUUCUAUUAAAAAUUGCAAAUAUUGCUUUGAGUAUUAAAGAAAUGAUUUAACAAAAUGCACAUUAUAUCAUGAUUUUUAAGCUUUUAACACUGAUGAAAUUGUAGAUAUUGGUUGUGCUUUAUGUAAUGAUGAUUUUAUAUUUGAUUUUUCUUUAGGUUCUUGUAUUUAAAGAAAGUAGAUUAUAUAAAAUUGUCUAAGAUCAUUUAUUAAUUUAUAAAACGAAGACAUUUGCACAUUAUCCUCAAAUCAUGAUUUCUCAAUUGCACCUGAAAUCACUAAUUGCUAAGAAUUCAUUGAAAAUUGUUUGUAGUGCAUUUAAACUCCAGAUUAUACACUCAAAUGUAUAGUUUGUGAUAUUGGAUAUGCUUCAACACUUGAAAAUGGAAUCUGUAUGUAAAUUAAUUUACCAAAUUAAAAUUUUAAAAUCAUAACAUAAAAUUAAGAUAUCUAUUAUAAUGGCUAUAUUUAAUUAAUUUAGAGUUUUAUGAUGUCAUUUUUACCAAAUUAAUAUUUAUAUCCAUAUAAUGGGAAUUAAUAUUUUGAUAUUUAAGUACUUUAAUGCUAUGAUGGCUGGGUAAUAUAGCCUAAUUCCUAUUUUUGUAUUCAAGAUUGUAGCUCUGAUUGUCUUUAAUGUGAAAACAAUAAUUAACAAUCCAAUUGUAGAGUUUGUUCAUUAGAUUAAUUUCUAUAACCUGUAAUAAACUAAUAAUUGGGUCAAUGUUAUUAAUGUCCAAGAUUGUGUAAAAUUUGUAAAUUAAGUGUUGAAGAAAUUGAAGUAAAAAUUUUAUAUUUUAUUAGAAUUAUAAUUCCACUUUAAUCUUAAAUGAAAAUUUACUCUAUUAAAGAUAAUGUAUUAUGGCUUAAUAAAUUAUGAACGUUUAAUUAAAUAUUGAACUAUAAAUAGCAAAAUAUUGUUUUGAUGAAACUUGUAAUUAAAUUUUUUUAUUUGAAACCAUUAUCGAAGAAUGCUUUUUCUUUAAUUUAUUUAAUGUAGCUAAAUUUAAUUAGUUUCAAAUUGAUUAUUAUAAUUAAAUGGGAUAGGAUUAAUUAAUACUAUAAUAUAUAUUUAAUUUCACAAAUAAUUGUAUUGGAUUUCGUGGUUUAGCUUUUAUGAAUGAUUUAAAAUAAUAGAUUUAUUCUCUUAAGUUUGUAAAACUGAAUGCUAUAGCUAUUAAUUCUCCAUAUUUGCAUUCACUUGGUGCUUUAACAAUAAUUAAUUUUGAUUCGAUACAUCUAUAAAAUUUCAAUUUAAAAUUAUAUUAAUCUUAUAUAGAUAUUUAAAAUAAUAACAAGACAGUUGAAUUGUCAUUAACAAAUAUUAUUAUUGAAGAUAAUUAAUUUACUGAUUUGAAGACAUUAUUUUAUGGAAUAUUAUUUUUAAAAAUAAAUUUCUAAAAUGUUUCAUUUAUUAAUACCAACAUAUUAAAUUCAUCCAUAUUAAAUUUUGAAAUUAUGAAACUUAAUGGUUCUAUCCAUAUAUAUUAACUUUAAUUUAUUAAUUGUAUUAUAAGGAAUUCUAAUGUAUUUUAGUUUCUUGAUGAUAACUUUUAAAUCUAAAUUGAUAAUUUAAUCAUCUAAGAAUGUGAAUUUUAUAACUCCACUAUUUUUUAAUUUGAUUCUAACUAAAAUGUUAAAAGCAAAUUUAUAUUUAAUAAUUUAAUUGUAAAACACAGUAAACUUUAUAACUCAACUUUUUAUUAUAAUUCCUUUUCAUUCAACUUGGUAAUGAGCAAUUUAAUUAUUGAAUAAAAUACCCUUGACUAAUCAAUUAUAUUUUCAUCUAAUCAAGAAAUACAUUUUUCAUCUGCAUUGAUUCAGAAUAAUACUUUUUUAAAUUCAUGUCUUUUAUAAUCUUAUCCAUUUUAAGAUACAUAAUUUAACAUCAAAGAUCUCAUUAUAUAAAACAAUAUUUUAUAAAAUUCUACAAUUAUUAAAAUUAAGUCAAAUUAAUAGUUAAUUAAAAUUUCACUGAUACUGAUUGAUUUUGACUUAAACAAAAAUUAUUAAUAUAGUUCUUUCAAUUAAGAAUCAGCUUUAUUUGAAAUAACCUGCUUUAAUUUAAUAAUUAAAAAUUUUAAGAUUAAAAAUAUUAAUAACUUUAGAAUAUUUUAUAUUUAAGAUACAAAUUAAAUUGAAGUCGACAAUUUAAUCUAUAAAAAUAAUAAUAUUCAAAAAAGAAUUCCUAUUUUUAUUGAAUGUUAAGAAUAAAUUUAUGAAAAUAGUUAAUUAUUAUUAAUCAUAGAUUCUCAUUAAAUAAGGAUGAAAAAUUUAUUAAUAUAAUCGCAAUCUACAAUAGAUUUACCAUUGGUAUAAAUUAUCUCAAAAUAUCAUAUAAUUAAUUCAUAGAAUUCAAUCAUCUAUAUUUCUAAUAUGGAAUUCUUUGGAAAUGUUUAACUUUAACAAAAAGAAUCAUCUUUUUAAUCUCUCUUAAUUAUUUCCUCAGAAUAAUAAAUUGAAAUAGUUUUAGAUAAUCUUCUUUUUUUUGAAAAUAUGUUUCAUUCAUAAACUUAAGAUACUCAAUAUGCUGCUUGUUUAUUAUAUAUCUUUUCAAAAAUAGGAAAUGUAGAAAUUAAGAAAUUAACAUCAAAAAAUAAUGCAAUAACUAAUUCUUCAAAUACUUUUAUUUUGAUUAAUUCCAAUUCCUUAAUAAUUUCAAACAUGUUUGUUGAAAAUCAUAAUUUUUUAAAUGUUCUUAUUUGGCAAAAAUAUUAUUAAUUAAAUAUAACUUUUAAUUACAAUUAGGAUGAAAUUAAUUAAAUUAUUAUGUAAACAAUAUAGAUUUAAAACAGUGGAGGAGUUGCAAAAUUUGAAACAAACAAUUUUAGUUGUAUUAAUAGCACAUUUUAAAAAAUUAUUGCUUUAAGAAGUCUUAUUUUUGAUAUAACUUUACAAGGAAGUGGAUUUUUUGCUUUAUAUGAAAUAGAAAUAAUAAAUGUAUAAAAUAAUUUAAAUUAAUCAAGUGAAAGCUCUGGAUGCAUUACUAUUAAAUCAUAAAAUUCAUAAAUAAAUAUAGAUAUUUAGAAAAUUAAAUUUUAAAAUGUUUAUAGUAGAAGUUCUUCAGCUAUUUUUACAAUUACUCCCUCCAUUUUUAGCAGUAAAAUUACUAUUAAAAAUAUUGUCAUUGAAAAUUGUUUUUCUUUAAUGAAUUCUGUAAUGAAUUUAAAAUUUUACUCUUAAGAAAAAAAUAAAAAUUAAGUUAGAUUGGAGGGGCUUAAAAUCAUUCAAUAAAAAUCAAAUUUAAUGAAUUAUUUAUCUACAAUAAUUCCAUUAACUAUUGAGGAAAUAGCAGAAAUGAAUAGUGAUGAAAAUAGUCUUAUUAUUAUCAGUGAAUGCUUUGUUGAAAUAAAAGAUAUAGUUGUUUUAGGAGUUUAUUUAUAUCCAAUUAUAAAAUUUAAGAACGUUCCUUAUUUAGUAUUAUAAAAUUGUUUUUUCUAAGAAAUUUAAACAGUUUUUACUUUAAAUAUAAUAUCUUUUACUCAAUCCAGAAAUUAAAAAUCCAUUUUUAUUUUAAAAUAAGUAACUAUUUAAAAAAUAUCAGAUUUUAAAUUAGAUAUAGAGAACUUUAAUUAACAUAUAAUAAUUUAAUAUUUUAUUAGGGAUUGUGAGAGUAUAUAAAAAUAAGAAAUUUAAGAUUCAUAUAAACAAUUAAUUACGCUUUUUUUGUAACAAAUAGAAUAUUAUUCAUCAAAUAGUGUUACAUCUUUAAUUUAUUUUAAGAGCACUUCUAAUUAAAAUAAAUUUAUAUUGUAAUCUAUCAAAAUAGCUUUGAAUGAAUGCUUAAAAUGUGAAAAAGGAUUAUUAUAAUUUGAUUUAUAGAAUUUUAAUCAAAUAAUAAUAAAGGAUAUAAUUUGUUAGGAAAAUAACAUUAAAAAUUAUGGAUGUCUAAAUUUUUAAUAAGAAUAGCUUAAUCAAAAUAAAAUUUUAAUUUAAAAUUCUAAUUUUAUAAACAAUAAAGGAGGUUAAGGAGUAGCAAUCUUUACAAAAAAUACAACGAUAAAAAUUUAAUAAUGUAAAAUAAUUUUAAAUUAAGCGUUAAAAUAAGGAGGUGGAUUAUUUUUUGAAUAAAGUUCUUUUACAAUAAAAUAAACAACAAUUUUAAAAAAUUUUGCAAGAGAAGGUGGUGGUAUAUUUCUAAGUGGAAAUUCUAAUUUAAAUGAUAGAAAUUUUAUUUAAUCUUUUCUACUUUUAAAUUAAGCAGAGAAGUUAUCCAAUAAUGUUUUUGAAACACCUUCUCACUUAAGUUUGAAAAUAAAUUCAUAUGAAUUAUAAUCAAAUAUUUUACAUGAUUCAUAAGAUUAAUAAAGAAUUUUAAAACUAUAACCAUUUUAUACUAUUGAAUAGGGGAAAAAAUGCUUAAAAUAAUAUCUUAUGAUUCCAAGUAAUCAAAAAAUUUCUGAAUUUAAAUUAGUUCUUCCGAAAGUUAGAGAAGUAUUUUCUUAUAUUAAAGAAUUCAAUUUAUAAUUUAAAAACAGUAGAAAUGAAUUUCUUUUAGGAUUAAUUAAUUCUACUUGUAUUAUUAGUAGUUAAGUUACAUCAUUAAUUUCCAAUAAAGUAUUAUAUUCUUUUGAAAAUACUACUAUAUCAUAUAGUAUUGAAAAUAAUUAUUUUGAUUUAAAUUAAGUCAAUUUUAUUUUUGAUCCAUAUUAAUCUAAUGAAAACUACUUAAAAAUAUAAUUUACAUGCUUAACUUAAGAAUCGAACACAUAAUUAAAAUAUCUCGUUUAUGCAAAAAGUUUUAUGUGUUAAUUAGGAGAAUUCUAUGCAAAUUAAAGUUGUUAAGAAUGCUAAUCUAGCUAAGGAUAUUAUUCAGUAACAUAUAAUGCAACUAAAUGCUCUAUUUUUGAUAAGACUAAAUUUUCCAAAAUUACUUCAAAUAGUAUAAGUCUAUUGGAAGGAUAUUGGAGACCUGAUAUUUUAUCAGAUUAAUCAGAAAAGUGCUAUAAAAAUCUCAAGGUUUGUAUAGGAGGAUUUAGUGUUGGAAAUGAACUUUGUGCUUAAGGACAUGUUGGAGGAUUAUGUGAAGAAUGUGACUAUUAUGAUUUAAGCGGAAAUGGUUUAUUUUACAAGAAUUUUCAAAAUUUUGAAUGUUUCCCCUGUAAUCAACUAGUCGAUAGUAUAUUUCCCCUCAUAAUAACAACUUUUUGGUAUAUAAAUUUUUUAAACAUAGUGCAAUUUUAUCGAUAAUUUUAACUUUAAGGAGUAUUGAUAAAUCCAAUAAUUUAUUUUCCGCUUUAAACUUGACUAAAAAACAUAGUAAAAUUAUUUUUAAAUUAAAUUAAGGUAAUAUAUUUUAUAAUUAUAUAAUAGAUCUUACAAGUAUCUUAAUAAAAAUGUUUUUAAAUUAUUUAUGGGUCUUUUCUAUGAUAUUCACUUUUAAUCUUAAAUUUUCAUUUUCAUUUAAUAUUGUUGAUUAAGUUAGCAAUACAUCAUAUUCUAUUGCGAAUGAUUUAGAUUGCUCUUUAACUACAAUUUAAUAAGUUUAAUUAGUUUAUUCAAGAAUAAUUGCCAUGAUUAUUCUGAUUUUAAUGUAAUUAUUUCUGGUUCUCAUUGGUUAUAAGAUUUUUUCAAUAAUUAUUCAUUAAAAGUUUAAUUAUAGCAUUAUAACAAAUACUUCACUUUAUCUAUAUGUUUAUAAUUUUGGUGGAUUAAUAAAAAUGUAAAAUAUAUCUCUUUAAUUUAGGUUAUGUUCAGUAAUAUCUAUAAGAAAAAUUUCAAAUAUUGAAUAUAUAUCUGGUGAUGUUACAUUGUUGUUUGGCUCGGAAAAUCAUCAAAAAUGGAUGUAUUAUUUUAUAAUUCCUUUGUUAUUGAUUUUUGGUUUUACUAUUCCAUUCUCUUUGUUUAUUUUAUUAUACACCUAAAAGAAUAAACUUCAAACAACAAAAUUUAGAAAGCAUAUCUGUUAUUUAUUUAAUGAGUAUGAUAAUGAUACUUAUUAUUGGGAAUUAAUUAAAUUAAUACUUAAGUUUUUUAUAAUACUCAUAACAAUAUAUUUUGAAGAAAAAAUCUUUAUGAAAGCAUCAUUAAUAGGUUUAUGUUUACUUAUUUAUUAAAUAUUAGCGAUUAAAUAUAAGCCAUAUAUAUUUGGAAAUCUAAACUAACUAGAUUUGCUAGCUGGUUAAAUUUGUUCAAUAGCUCUUUUUAUUGCAAUUAUUAAAUAUGUAGGUGAUUCUGAAGAUUAAACUUUUUCUUCAUAUAUUCCAUAGAUAAUUAUUACUUUGCUUUUGAUUCGUCUUAGCUAUUUAUUUGUUAUCAAAAUUAUUUAUUCUUACAAAAAAAAAUACAAAACUGUAUUAAUUAAAAUUUUAUAUGUGAUCUGUAAGUUUAUAAAUGAAAACUCCAUUCUAACAGAAUAUUUUAACAGGAAGCUAUAGAAUGAAAAAUAGAAAGAAAUUAAAUUGAUUACAAACAUGAAAAAAAUUAGAUAGUGUUUAAUUAUGAAGCAAAGAGCUUAAUAGAUGUAUUAUUAUAUUUUAAGUUAAGGUGGACUUCAUCCUUCCAAAGCCCUCAAUAAUCUUUAUUUAGAAGUGAUUUUAUAAAGGCAUGA